AUGGAAAAAAAGAAUCUAAGUUCGGUCUAAUUGAAUGAAAUAUAAAAAUCUAAUAUUUAAUUAAUGGAAUCUUAGUUAAGCUUCAUUUGUAUUCGAUAACACACAUUCUUUGAUUAGAAAUAUAUUCUUUAGUUGCAUCCAACUAAGAUUACACUAACUUAAGUAUGCCUCAAUAUUAAAAUAAGAUUGGCAAGGAUCCUAAAUACAUAAUUGAAUUAGAUUUGCAUAAUACAAUUUCAUGGCAACUAAAUCAAAUGAACUAAAUCACAAGCUUUAGUAUUAUAUGGAACAACAUGGAGAAAUAAUUUCAAUCAACUCAUGAAGAGCUUUUAAAAUUGCGAUAAACUAUAAGAAAUAAAAUAAUGUAUAAAUCAGUUAGUGAACUUUACAAACCUAUGCAAUAAUUAGGAGAAGGAAAUUUUGAUGAAGUAAUUCAUUCUAAAAAUUUAGGUAUAUUUAUGUAUUGACAGAAUAAAUGGUAGUUCAUAUGAAAUAAAAUGUCUUGCAAAAAAUUAGUUUGAAGAUUCUAUUGUACUAAUUGCAUUUUAAAUUAGACACGAAUUCAUAAUGAGAUUUCUUGUUUAAUAAAUAUUAGAUCUGAUUAUGUAUAAAGUUUACAUGAAGUAUAUAAUGGAGAAAAUACAGUUUAUUUAAUUUAAGAGUAUUUGGAAGGAGCAAACUUGUAUGAAUUAAUUAUGAAUGUGACAUUAGAUAGAACUUAAAUAUUAAUUAUUAUGAAAGUAAUUUUUAUUAUCAAUAAAAUAAAGCAAUUGCUUACUGCUGUUAGAGAUAUCCAUUCCAGUAAUAUUAUGCACAGAGAUAUAAAGCCAACAAAUAUAGUAUUUAAAAACAAAGAUUCCAUAGAAGGAUUAAAAUUAACAGAAUUUGAUUUAGCAGUUCUUAUUGAUCCUUCAUAAGAUUUAAGAGUAUGUGGAACUCCUGGUUAUGCAGCACCAGAAAAAUUCAAAGAUAGUUAUAAUGAAAAAGUAGAUCUCUUUAGUGUAGGAUGUAUUUUCUUUAAAUUGUAUAAAUUAUCUUGUUUAUUAUAGAGUUACUANUAAUCAAAAGGAAUCAUUCAAUAAAUAUAUAUCUUAUAAACUAUAUUAAUUUUUGAAUCAAAUCAACCUACAAUUUAUAAUGAAAGUUUAAUAAAUAAACUAAAUAAAGAAUCAUUUUUCUGCAUUAAUAUACAAUAAAAUACCCAAUUUGUGAUUUUUUUACAAUACAUUAAUUUUAAUGGAUCGAUUCUCUUAAUUAAAAAAUUAAUUAUUAGAAACAAUUCACUUUUGAUUAUUGAAAAUGGAAAAAAAGAAUCUAAGUUCGGUCUAAUUGAAUGA